GGAAUUGUAGUCCGUUUAAAAGUGUCACGACGCGGAUAGCGCUUUACGGCAUCACAUGGACUACAGACAGCUACGUUGACCUUCUGUGGGAGGGAGCCUUGCUCAGUUAAGUAAGCAUGGCAGCCGGGGCACUAAAGAAAGGACUUUGGGGGCUACGCAACUCAAGGCUUAUCACAGCCGGAUACCCUUGUGUUGGACAGCUGUAUGCCACCGCUGCAUCCAUCAAACCACCUCCAGCCCAGCCUGACAGUAAUACAAUAGACAAAAUGCUGAAGCAAGCCCUUGAGACGCCGGACUAUUUCCGUCUGUCAGAGCUGUUCUCGUUGAAAGAGCUGUUCGACGCCAGGGUGCACCUCGGCCAUAAAAAGGGCUGCAGACACAGGCUUAUGGAGCCAUACCUGUUUGGCUGUCGUUUGGAUCAAGAUAUCAUUGACCUGGACCAGACCAUGGAGCACCUUCAGGCUGCCCUGAACUUCACUGCUCAUGUAGCGUACCGUGGUGGCAUCAUAUUGUUUGUCAGCCGCCGACGCCAGUUUGGUCACCUGGUGGAGAGCACCGCACAGGACUGUGGGGAGUACGCCCAUACUCGUUACUGGCAGGGCGGCCUCCUUACCAACGCCCCCGUCCAGUAUGGCCCAGGUGUCCGCUUACCAGAUCUCAUCAUCUUCCUCUCCACCCUCAACAAUGUGUUUCAGCAGCAUGUGGGAAUCAGAGAUGCAGCCAAGAUGAACAUCCCUACUGUGGGUGUGGUGGACUCCAACUGCAACCCCAGCCUGGUGACUUACCCCGUGCCUGGAAACGAUGACACUCCGGCUGCCAUGGAGCUCUACUGUCGAUUAUUCAAGAUGACUAUCAACCGCGCCAAGGACAAAAGGAGACAGUUGGAGCUACUUCACGGCCUGUCAGCAGGCUCUGCACCGAGCUCAUGAUAUUAAGGACUCUUCAGAAAGAUGCUUUCAGAAAUUACAUUCAAGACUGUCUGUUUCUCCCCAUAUUCUUGUCUUCCCUCUGAAACAAAAUGAACCUGAUGCUAGCACUGAGGUUGGAGACAGUGGUGUCAGUCUCUUUAUUCUGUACAUUACUACCUUGAAGGGAAUCUGGCUUCAUCCUGUUACAUGAGAUGUUGUUCUUCUUUAACAUGUAUGUUUUGCUACAAAAUAAAUGGGUUGAGCUGAUAAAGAAUACAGGAGACCCUUUGAGAUAUA